GGCACGCAACCGAACGACGAGCAGUGCAAGCCAAGCAUCUUCACAAGGCUCUUCUCGGCGAGUUCGUCGCUAGCUGCAUCCAUUUUCUUGUUGGAUCAGUCGGCCAUGGAGAUGAUCGACGCGGAGCUGCGUCUUGGCCCGCCCGGCGGCGACGUCACGGUCGUGCAGCCGACGGCGAGGAAGCCGGCGGCGGGGAAACGGUCGUCGUCGGCGGUGAAGAGCGAGGCCUCCGGGACGGGUGGCCAUGACGACGACGCCGCACCGGCCUCCAAGGUGCAGGUGGUGGGGUGGCCGCCGGUGAGGGCGUACCGGAAGAACGCGUUCCACGCCGCGGCGGAGGCGGCGGCUUCGGUGAGGAGGACGAAGGGCGGCGAGCAGGGAGGCCUUUACGUGAAGGUGAGCAUGGAUGGAGCGCCCUACCUCCGGAAGGUGGACCUGCGGACCUACGGCGGGUACAGGGAGCUGAGGGACGCGCUGGACGCGCUCUUCGGCUGCUUCUCCUCCUCCUCGCCCGAUGCUGGCUGCCAGUUCGCCGUCGCCUACGAGGACAAGGACGGCGACCUCAUGCUCGCCGGCGACGUGCCAUGGGAUAUGUUCAUCUGUUCCUGCAAGAAGCUGAGGAUCAUGAGGAGCUCCGAAGCAAGAUGAUCGGAGUGCCUACGUCCAUCGCGAGCAUGCAAGAAUUUGUCGGACGCGUGGAUCAGACAUGCAUAUAUGGUCAAGACUCACGGCGAGAGAUCUAUCGAUCGAUCGUUCGGUGGAUACGCGCAUGGUGCUCCAUCAUAUCGAUCUACAGACAUGGAAUUGAUGAAGGCGUUGGGGUUACCUGCAUGGGGAGGGUGCCCUGCCCAUACGUGCAUGCUUAUUAGGUGCAUCAUGUUCUACGGCGGCGGCCAGCUAGCCCAUACACACGAACACAAGAACGUGAUGGUUCACGGAUUGAGGCGGAGUAUGCAGGCUACGUGCCAUCAGAUGGACGGACGGAUGGGCAGUGCUGAGAUCGUCUGCAGAUCAGACAUUCAGCCAAGUAGCAGUAUAGGGCGGAGGGACGAUGGACUAGGAUUUGUACAUGUACAUAGGCUGAAGCUUUUCAUUUGUAAUUUUUGAAUUUCCCUUUUUGUAUGAGUGAACAAGUUUGAAAAAUAUGUGAAUGGAAAGAGAGGGAAAUUUGACUUCAAAUAAGAUCGUAUCAGUUUCUUUUC